GCAGCCGAUCGGUUGGCAGUCUGGGAUUGUGUGAACAGAAGGUGUCUCGAAGGAGAGACUUAGUAAUAGCAUAGCGAAGGAAUGAAAAAAAAAAACUCUAAUAUUAUAAGGAACGUGUGUUUAACAAUAUAAUUAAACCGCGUUAAGAAAUCCCAGAACCUUCUGAGGUAUUCUGAAAAAAAAAAAAAAAAAAAAAAAGCAAAACACAGAAGAUUUAAAUAAAACCGUUUUCCGUAUUACCUCGUCUUAUUUGAAGUUGUAACCUUUAUCAGGUAUUUCUGGGGACUGUUUCACUGGCAAGCAUGGAUGAAGAGAGUCACGUGCCUGAAGAUCUCUCUAUAGUAGAGAGGGAAGAACUGACAAAUAUACGACGUCGAAAAAAGGAAAUUUUGGAUGAUAUUGAGAGGCUGAAGUUUGAGAUUACUGAAGUUAUGACUGAAAUUGAGCAGUUGACUUGUGUGGGGGAAAGCAAAACCACACAGAGAAAUAAACAAAUUGCAAUGGGAAGGAAGAAGUUUAACAUGGAUCAUAAGAAGGGAAUCAAGUUUCUUCUUGAAAAUGACCUUUUGCAAAACACAGCAGAAGAUAUAGCCCAGUUCUUAUAUAAAGGGGAAGGGCUGAACAAAACGGUCAUCGGAGAUUAUUUGGGGGAGCGAGACGACUUUAACAUUAAAGUUCUACAAGCUUUCGUGGAGCUUCAUGAGUUUGCUGACCUCAAUCUUGUACAAGCCUUAAGACAGUUUCUCUGGAGCUUCAGACUUCCUGGAGAAGCACAGAAGAUUGAUCGUAUGAUGGAGGCUUUUGCCUCCCGGUACUGCCAGUGUAACCCUGGUGUCUUCCAGUCUACAGACACAUGCUACGUCCUUUCCUUUGCCAUUAUUAUGCUGAAUACAAGUUUACACAAUCCAAAUGUAAGGGAUAAACCAGCAGUGGAGAGGUUCAUUUCUAUGAACCGUGGGAUUAAUGAAGGAGGGGAUCUCCCAGAAGAGCUACUCAGGAACUUGUAUGACAGUAUUAAAAAUGAGCCGUUCAAAAUCCCAGAAGAUGACGGAAACGACUUAACGCACACAUUUUUCAACCCCGAUAGGGAAGGUUGGCUGCUGAAACUAGGGGGAAGAGUGAAAACCUGGAAACGAAGAUGGUUCAUUCUGACUGAUAAUUGCCUCUAUUACUUUGAAUAUACAACAGACAAAGAACCAAGAGGAAUCAUACCUUUGGAGAAUCUCAGUAUUCGUGAAGUGGAGGACCCUAGAAAGCCGAACUGCUUUGAACUCUACAAUCCUAACCACAAAGGCCAGGUGAUCAAGGCAUGCAAGACAGAAGCCGAUGGCAGAGUGGUGGAGGGAAACCAUGUGGUGUACAGGAUAUCGGCACCGACUCCUGAAGAAAAAGAGGAGUGGACCAAAUCCAUCAAAGCAAGCAUCAGCAGGGACCCUUUCUAUGACAUGCUGGCCACCAGGAAAAGGAGAAUCGCCAGUAAGAAGUAAACUGAACUAAAGAGGACAGUUCAGCAGUAUUUUACAGUAUAGACUUCAGAAGUGAAUGGCUUUGUUAAGGUAACUGGGAGACUGGACUGUGAGAGGGAGCUGCAUGUUAAUACCGGACUGAUUCUGGCAAGUGGGAGACAAAAAAAAAAAAAAAAAUCCCCUCAGUUGAGGUGUGUUCUGCAAAUAUGAACGUGUGAAAUAGGGUCUUUGUACUUUGAACAGUGUCUGGCCCUUUUUUUUUUUUGAAAAGGCAAAGAAAAAAUGGAAUACAAUGAAGACAAACACCGUUGAGCAGUGAUUGUGAAUCUUGUUUUAAGAAAAAGAAAAGUGCUUUUUAAUAACGAAAACAAAACAGCUGCCAGUGUGGGUUAGCAAAUGCCAGGAUGUGUGGGGGACAGCCAGGAUAUGAACAGCAGAAACUGGGUAAUCACCCUCGUCAGUGGCAACGUUUAGUUACGCAGUAAUUGACACCUAAUUUACAUCGUCUCUGAUGGCAAUUUUUUUUUUUUUUUUUACACACACAAAGUACUUCAGGUGCUGUUUCAUCUUUUUUUUUUGUUCUGUUUAAAAUGUAACAUUAAAAAUUCAAGACAAAAUUCAAUAGUAUUUUCAGUCAGCUGGCCUGACUCCAUUAUUUAAGGAAGAAAAAUAGCUUAUUUUACACACUACGUAGUUCAACACAGGGUACCAAGCAGUAAAUUAAGCUUUUCUUGAAUAAUUCCUUCUGUAAAUGGUAGCACGAAUAAUAGUCAAGUAUCAAGGCAAUGUAUAUGCAAGCUAGUAUUUACAUAAUGUAUAACUGUACUAUGUAUCUAAUGUGCUUGCUGCCAGAAUCUGUGUAUUUUAGUUCAACAGCUACAGCAAUUAAUCAGUGGUUAUUUCUUUUUCUAUUUAUUUUUUAGUGCAAUUGCAAAAAAUAUUUCUAUUUGUAACUGAUGAUGUAGAUUAAGUUAUGUGUAAAUACUGUACAGAUUUGUUUUGGAUUUAUGUGUUUUAAUGCAUGUACAAUCUCAGCAGGAGCUUGUAUCAGUAAAUAGCAAGGGGGCUACAUGAUGUAAGCUUUUGUUUAAAGCGUUGUACAAAAUAUAUAUUUUUUUUGAAGGGAUAUUAAUAUUUAUAAAAAAUACAAACCACGUUGACAUAUGUUCAGUGCAUGCUUGAUGCAGCUAAUACCAGCAGUUUUACAUAAACACAUAUUGCACUUCUGAACUGUUUUUGAUGGCUUUUUUGUUUGUUACAAUGAUUCAAUCUUCCUAUGUAAGUGUGUGAAGUCUGACAUAUAAUUUAAAAGCCAUCGAAUGAGAUUGCUGAAAACAAACUUUUGAUUUGUGUUGACUUUCUCCGCUAUGAGUAUGGAAAUAUACAUAUAUGUAUUUCCAAUUUAUAUUAAAGGCUUAAUUUACAAUUCAGAAACCACACUAAUAUUGCUUGAAAAAUACCAAAUGCUGAUUUAUUUAAUGUUCUAUUAGUAAAGUAUUUGCGUUUCUUUUAAUAUUUAUACUGCUGUGAAUACAUUAAAAGCAGCUGUCUAAAACAAGUGUGAAAUUAUUUGACUUCUCUGUACUGUGGUAAACCUUUUAAGGACCAUUGCGUUUUCUGGAUUGGGGGCAGGGGUGUCAAACCCAAUUCUCUGCCUUUUUGCAAUCCCCUGCUAAACUGAUGGAUGAAGUUCUCUGAAACCAGCAAGUGCUGUCUUGAUCAACAUUAAAACCAAAUCAAUCCAAACGGCAAGCUGUGCUUUGGAGGGCUGGCUCAAAUUGCCCAAGGCUUUUGUGUUUGGCACCCCUGAGUUAAUAAAACAGCUGUAGAACUCCUCCUCUGGAAGGAGCAUGUGAUUUAAAACAGUAACACUACUGUGCAUUAAGUUAUAUAUAUAUAU